UGCGGCGGCGGCUGGCAGGGCGAGGUCCGUGCGGCUCCGCGCUCCGCGGCUGCACCGCUCCGAGCGCCUGGCGCGCCCCGCGCCCUCCCUCCCGGGGCCUCUGGGCCGGGGAUGCGUGCGGCGCUCGGGGGCCAUGGUCCGCUUCGGGGACGAGCUAGGAGGCCGCUAUGGGGGCGCCGGCGGCGGGGACCGGGCCCGGGGCGGCGGGGCCGGCGGGGCAGGCGGCCCGGGCCCCGGGGGGCUGCAGCCGGGCCAGCGGGUCCUCUACAAGCAGUCGAUCGCGCAGCGCGCGCGGACCAUGGCGCUGUACAACCCCAUCCCGGUCAAGCAGAACUGCUUCACCGUCAACCGCUCGCUCUUCGUCUUCAGCGAGGACAACGUCGUCCGCAAAUACGCCAAGCGCAUCACCGAAUGGCCUCCGUUUGAGUACAUGAUCCUGGCCACCAUCAUCGCCAACUGUAUCGUGCUGGCGCUGGAGCAGCACCUCCCAGACGGAGACAAGACGCCCAUGUCCGAGCGGCUGGAUGACACGGAGCCCUACUUCAUCGGCAUCUUCUGCUUUGAAGCGGGAAUGAAGAUCAUUGCUCUGGGCUUCGUCCUCCACAAGGGCUCCUACCUGCGCAACGGCUGGAACGUCAUGGACUUCGUGGUGGUCCUCACGGGGAUCCUUGCCACUGCGGGCACCGACUUUGACCUGCGGACGCUGCGGGCUGUGCGCGUGCUGAGGCCCCUGAAGCUGGUGUCCGGGAUUCCGAGCCUGCAGGUGGUGCUCAAGUCCAUCAUGAAGGCCAUGGCCCCACUCCUGCAGAUCGGGCUGCUGCUCUUCUUCGCCAUCCUCAUGUUCGCCAUCAUCGGCCUGGAGUUCUACAUGGGCAAAUUCCACAAGGCCUGUUUCCCCAACAGCACAGAUGCAGAGCCAGUGGGCGACUUCCCCUGCGGCAAGGAGGCCCCAGCCCGGCUGUGCGAGGGUGGCACCGAGUGCCGGGAGUACUGGCCGGGACCCAACUUUGGCAUCACCAACUUUGACAACAUCCUGUUUGCCAUCCUGACCGUGUUCCAGUGCAUCACCAUGGAGGGCUGGGCCGACAUUCUCUACAGCACAAAUGAUGCAGCCGGUAAUACCUGGAAUUGGCUCUACUUCAUUCCUCUCAUCAUCAUCGGCUCCUUUUUCAUGCUCAACCUGGUGCUGGGCGUGCUCUCGGGAGAGUUCGCCAAGGAGCGCGAGCGGGUGGAGAACCGCCGGGCCUUCCUGAAGCUCCGCCGGCAGCAGCAGAUCGAGCGGGAGCUCAACGGCUACCUGGAGUGGAUCUUCAAGGCAGAGGAAGUCAUGCUGGCCGAGGAGGACAAGAAUGCCGAGGAGAAGUCCCCUCUGGAUGUGUUGAAGCGGGCAGCCACCAAGAAGAGCCGCAGUGACCUGAUCCACGCGGAGGAGGGAGAGGACCGGUUUGCAGAGCUCAGUGCUGUCGGAUCCCCCUUCGCCCGCACCAGCCUCAAGAGCGGGAAGACGGAGAGCUCGUCCUACUUCCGCAGGAAGGAGAAGAUGCUCCGCUUCUUCAUCCGGCGGGUGGUGAAGGCACAGAGCUUCUACUGGGCAGUGCUGUGUGUGGUGGCCCUGAACACGCUGUGUGUGGCCGUGGUGCACCACAACCAGCCGCGGCGGCUCACCACUGCGCUGUACUUUGCGGAGUUUGUUUUCCUGGGUCUCUUCCUCACAGAGAUGUCCCUGAAGAUGUAUGGCCUGGGGCCCAGAAGCUACUUCCGGUCCUCCUUCAACUGCUUUGACUUCGGGGUCAUCGUGGGGAGCAUCUUUGAAGUGGUCUGGGCUGCCAUCAAGCCGGGAACGUCCUUCGGAAUCAGCGUGCUGCGGGCACUCCGGUUGCUGAGGAUCUUCAAGGUCACAAAGUACUGGAACUCUUUGCGGAACCUGGUGGUGUCUCUGCUCAACUCCAUGAAGUCCAUCAUCAGCCUUCUCUUCCUGCUCUUCCUGUUCAUCGUGGUCUUCGCCCUGCUGGGCAUGCAGCUGUUUGGGGGACAGUUCAACUUUCAAGAUGAGACUCCGACAACCAACUUUGACACUUUCCCUGCUGCCAUCCUCACUGUCUUCCAGAUCCUGACCGGAGAGGACUGGAACGCGGUGAUGUAUCAUGGGAUUGAAUCACAAGGUGGAGUCAGCAAAGGCAUGUUCUCAUCCUUUUACUUCAUUGUCCUCACGCUGUUUGGAAAUUACACCCUGCUGAACGUCUUCCUGGCCAUCGCCGUGGACAACCUGGCCAACGCCCAGGAGCUGACCAAGGACGAGGAGGAGAUGGAAGAAGCAGCCAAUCAGAAGCUUGCUUUGCAAAAGGCCAAAGAAGUAGCUGAAGUCAGCCCCAUGUCUGCUGCAAACAUCUCCAUCGCGGCCAGGCAGCAAAACUCGGCCAAGGCGCGCUCGGUGUGGGAGCAGAGGGCCAGCCAGCUGCGGCUGCAGAACCUGCGGGCCAGCUGCGAGGCGCUGUACAGCGAGAUGGACCCUGAGGAGCGGCUGCGCUACGCCACCACGCGCCACCUGCGGCCCGACAUGAAGACGCACUUGGACCGGCCGCUUGUUGUGGAGCCGGGCCGGGAAGGUCCGCAGGGGCCCGUGGGGGCCAAGGCGCGGCCCGAGGGCACGGAGGCUGCCGAGGCUGCGGACCAGCCGCGCAGGCACCACCGGCACCGCGACAAGGACAAGGCCGCGGCCACGGCGGCCCAGCAGGACCCGGCGGACGCCCCUAAGGAGGAGGGUGGGGAGCCGGGGGCGCGCGAGGAGCGGGUGCGGACGCGCCGCAGCUGCAGCAAGGAGGCCCGGAGCGAGCGUGGCCACGGCGCGGGGCCCAACGGCGGCCGGCGGCACCACCGGCGCGGCUCCCCGGAGGAGGUGGCUGAGCGCGAGCCCCGGCGCCACCGCGCGCACCGGCACGCGCCCGACCCCGGCAAGGAGGCUGCCGCGCCCGGGGCCAAGAGCGAACGGCGCACCCGGCAUCGUGGCGGUCCCCGGGCUACGGAGAGUGCGGAGGAGCCUGCGCGGCGGCACCGGGCGCGCCACAAGGCGCUGCCCGCCCUCGAGGAUGCAGAGAAGGAGGGCGACACGGAGGACAGGGACAAGGAGCUGCGGAACCACCAGCCCAAGGAGCCGCACUGUGGCCUGGAGGCCAGUGGGAUGAUGGGUGUGGGCCCUGUGCACACCCUGCCCAGCACCUGUCUGCAGAAGGUAGAAGAACAGCCGGAGGAUGCAGAUAAUCAGCGGAAUGUCACUCGGAUGGGCAGCCAGCCCUCAGAGCUGAGCGCCACUGUUCACAUCCCGGUGACGCUGACCGGCCCUCCUGGGGAGACCACGGUUGUUCCCAGUGGUCAUGUGGACCUGGAAAGCCAAGCAGACGGGAAGGAGGCAGAAGCUGAUGACGGGAUGAGAAGCGGACCCCGACCCAUUGUCCCGUAUAGCUCCAUGUUCUGUUUGAGCCCCACCAACCUGCUCCGUCGCCUCUGCCACUCCAUCGUGACCAUGCGGUACUUCGAGAUGGUCAUCCUUGUGGUCAUCGCGCUGAGCAGCAUAGCCCUGGCUGCCGAGGACCCUGUGCGGACAGACUCGCCCAGGAACAACGCUCUGAAAUACAUGGACUACAUUUUCACAGGCGUCUUUACGUUUGAAAUGGUGAUAAAGAUGAUCGAUCUGGGAUUGCUGCUGCACCCUGGGGCCUACUUCCGUGACCUGUGGAACAUUCUGGACUUCAUUGUGGUCAGUGGGGCCCUGGUGGCAUUUGCCUUCUCAGGGUCCAAAGGAAAGGAUAUCAACACCAUCAAGUCCCUGCGCGUCCUACGAGUCCUGCGGCCCCUGAAGACCAUCAAGCGACUGCCCAAGCUCAAGGCCGUGUUUGAUUGUGUGGUGAACUCCCUGAAGAACGUCCUCAACAUCCUAAUAGUCUACAUGCUCUUCAUGUUCAUAUUUGCCGUCAUUGCAGUGCAGCUCUUCAAAGGGAAGUUUUUCUACUGCACUGACGAGUCCAAGGAGCUGGAGAGGGACUGCAGGGGCCAGUACUUGGAUUAUGAGAAGGAGGAAGUGGAAGCUCAGCCACGACAGUGGAAGAAGUACGACUUUCACUAUGACAACGUGCUCUGGGCUCUGCUGACACUGUUCACGGUGUCCACAGGAGAAGGGUGGCCCAUGGUGCUGAAACACUCCGUGGACGCCACCUAUGAGGAGCAGGGCCCGAGCCCUGGGUACCGCAUGGAGCUGUCCAUUUUCUAUGUGGUCUACUUCGUAGUCUUCCCCUUCUUCUUCGUCAACAUCUUUGUGGCCCUGAUCAUCAUCACCUUCCAGGAGCAGGGGGACAAGGCGAUGUCCGAAUGCAGCCUGGAGAAGAACGAGAGGGCCUGCAUUGACUUCGCCAUCAGUGCCAAGCCCCUGACACGGUACAUGCCCCAGAACAAGCAGUCAUUCCAGUACAAGACAUGGACAUUCGUGGUCUCGCCGCCCUUUGAGUACUCCAUCAUGGCCAUGAUAGCCCUCAACACGGUGGUGCUGAUGAUGAAGUUCUAUGAUGCGCCAUAUGAGUACGAGCUGAUGCUGAAGUGCCUGAACAUCGUGUUCACAUCCGUGUUCUCCAUGGAAUGUGUGCUGAAGAUCAUCGCCUUUGGGGUGCUGAACUAUUUCAGAGAUGCCUGGAAUGUCUUCGACUUUGUCACUGUGUUGGGAAGUAUUACUGAUAUUUUAGUAACAGAGAUUGCGAACAACUUCAUCAACCUCAGCUUUCUCCGCCUCUUCCGUGCCGCUCGGCUCAUCAAGCUGCUCCGUCAGGGCUACACCAUCCGCAUCCUGCUGUGGACCUUCGUCCAGUCCUUCAAGGCCCUGCCCUACGUGUGCUUGCUCAUUGCCAUGCUGUUCUUCAUCUAUGCCAUCAUCGGCAUGCAGGUUUUUGGGAACAUUGCUUUGGACGAUGAUACCAGCAUCAACCGGCACAACAACUUCCGGACAUUUCUACAAGCCUUGAUGCUGCUGUUCAGGAGUGCCACGGGGGAGGCCUGGCAUGAGAUCAUGCUGUCUUGUCUCAGUCACCGGGCCUGCGAUGAGCAUGCCAGUGCCAGUGAGUGUGGGAGUGACUUCGCCUACUUCUACUUCGUCUCCUUCAUCUUCCUGUGCUCCUUCCUGAUGUUGAACCUCUUUGUGGCUGUGAUCAUGGACAAUUUUGAGUACCUUACACGGGACUCUUCCAUCCUAGGGCCUCACCACCUUGACGAGUUCAUCCGGGUCUGGGCCGAGUACGACCCGGCUGCGUGUGGGCGCAUCGGUUACAGUGACAUGUUUGAGAUGCUGAAGCACAUGUCCCCACCCUUGGGGCUGGGGAAGAAAUGCCCUGCUCGCGUCGCCUACAAGCGCCUGGUUCGAAUGAACAUGCCCAUCUCCAAUGAAGACAUGACUGUCCACUUCACGUCCACGCUGAUGGCCCUCAUCCGGACCGCACUGGAGAUCAAACUGGCUCCAGCGGGCAUGAAGCAGCACCAGUGUGACGCAGAGCUGAGGAAGGAGAUUUCCUCUGUAUGGGCCAAUCUGCCCCAGAAGACCCUGGAUUUACUGGUGCCUCCCCAUAAACCCGAUGAAAUGACAGUGGGGAAAGUCUAUGCAGCUCUGAUGAUCUUCGACUUCUACAAACAGAACAAAACCACCAGAGACCAGACUCACCAAGCUCCAGGAGGCCUGUCCCAGAUGGGCCCUGCAUCCCUGUUCCACCCUCUGAAGGCCACACUGGAGCAGGCGCAGCCGGCUGUGCUCCGAGGAGCCCGCGUUUUCCUUCGGCAGAAGAGCUCAGCGUCCCUCAGCAACGGUGGGGCUGUACAGACCCAAGAGGGCUGCAUCGAGGAAUCUGUUUCCCGAGUCACCCAGAAGGCCCAGAAGGCACCCCAGGAAGUGAGGAUGCCCCUGGCACAUGGCCACUCCACAGAGAUCCCAGCGGCCGUGGAUGUCCAGAUGCAGGGCAUGGCCCUGAGAGGCCCUGCUGGAGAACCCCAACCCGGGCUGGAGAGCCAGGGCCGAGCGGCAUCCAUGCCUCGCCUGGCGGCAGAGACUCAGCCACCCCCAGAUGCCAGCCCCAUGAAGCGCUCCAUCUCCACGCUGGCUCCCCAGCGCCCCCGUGUGGCUCAUCUCUGCAAUGCCACCCUGGACCGUGCACCAGCCAGCCAGGCUGCUUCCCACCACCACCACCGCUGCCAUCGCCGCAGGGACAGGAAGCAGAAGUCCCUGGAGAAGGGGCCCAGCUUGUCCGCAGACACGGAUGGUGCACCCAGCAGCACUGCGGGCCCAGGGCCACCCCAGGGAGAGGGGCCUGUGGGCUGCCGGAGGGAGCGCAGGCAGGAGCGCGGCCGGUCCCAGGAGCGGAGGCAGUCUUCCUCCUCCGAGAAGCAGCGCUUCUACUCAUGUGACCGCUUUGGGGGCCGCGAGCCUCCACAGCCCAAGCCCUCUCUCAGCAGCCACCCUACAUCGCCAACGGCCGGUCAGGAGCCAGGACCCCUGAGACAGGGUAGUGGUUCAGUGAAUGGGAGCCCCUUGCUGUCAACAUCUGGUGCUAGCACCCCUGGCCGUGGUGGGCGGAGGCAGCUCCCCCAGACCCCGCUGACCCCCCGUCCCAGCAUCACCUACAAGACGGCCAACUCCUCCCCUGUCCACUUUGCUGGGGCUCAAGCAAGCCUCCCUGCCUUCUCCCCUGGUCGGCUUAGCCGUGGCCUUUCUGAACACAACGCCCUGCUCCAGAGAGACACCCUUAGCCAGCCCCUGGCCCCUGGCUCUCGAAUAGGCUCUGAUCCUUACCUGGGACAGCGUCUGGACAGCGAGGCCACUGCCCACACCCAGCCUGAGGACACACUCACCUUCGAGGAGGCUGUGGCCACCAACUCAGGCCGCUCCUCCCGGACUUCCUACGUGUCCUCCCUGACCUCCCAGUCCCAUCCCCUCCGCCGUGUGCCCAACGGCUACCACUGUACUCUGGGGCUCAGCUCUGGUGGCCGGGUACGACACAGCUACCACCACCCAGACCAAGACCACUGGUGCUAGCUGCACCAUGGCCGCCACCGCCACACGCCUACUCAGUGGGCACAGUCCAGUUGAUGAGUUUUAUCAUCCACACUGGGCUCCCAGGGACGCUCGGGGGCCUUGCCUCCUGGGCCAGCUGGGUGGAGGCCCUGCUGCUCCUCUCCUCUCACACUGGAUGGAUCACUGAUGACCUUUCCAGAGGGAUGAGGCUCUCUCCAUCCCCUAGUGUGCUGCCUUCCUGGGUCUCAUACUGUAGACCUGACACAGGAGGUGGUGGCGUGUGAUGAGCUGGAUUCAAGGAGUCUGAAUCCUGUGAGAUGAACCCCAGCAUCUGGCGUAUGUGCUUGGAAUCCUUUUUAGGAGGUCUGAAUCUUGGGGGGGGGGCAUCCUUUAUCCAAAGGUGUGGUACAGAGAAGCAGACCAUGUCUAAAAGUGUGGUGAGACCUCAGGAUGGAGUCGAUGGCAGACAGCACCUUGGGAGCCCGGCCGUGGCUCUGUGCAGGUCUUGUCAGCAUCCACAAACACACACAUGUCUGGCAUCACUCUUCAUAAUUUGAUCAGCAAGUGGACACUAGAAAUACACUCAAAUGCUCUCUGUCCUCUCCCAGACACUGUCAACUGUGCAAGGACCAAAUCCAAAAAUGUUUUUGCCAUUCA